CUACCAACAAGCUGUUAAAUAGCUACUUAUAAGUACUUAUGGAAAUAGACUGAAUAGAAUAGAAAGACUGAGUAACUUAACAAUUUGACAGAAAAUAAAUGUAUUGUUCUCUGUCUUUUUUUCCCGAAAAAGAUGAAAAUACAGCAUUUCCUGUAAUUUAAAUGUGAAACUAAACAUUCUAACUAGUUUUCCUGAUCAUCAAAAGUUCAUAGUAAAACAAGAUAAACUCUUUUUUUUAGUUUAAAUUGUGCUUCCUGGUUUCUGAUCAGUACUGACUAAAUGUGUUAAACUGAAACUUAGUCAUGUUUCCUCAUCUGUAAACAGUGAUCUGAUGUUUCUAUGGUUACCAGGUCAUGAAUGUUUAUCACUUAUAUGAAGUUGUGUGUUUGAAGAUCAGUGCGAUGUUUACUGUUUUGAAGCUGAAGCUUUUUAAAAUUUUGCUCUGCAGAGUUCUAGUGUCUGAUGGAAACAUCAGUUUCUAAUUAAUGGACAAAUUUGAACUGCAGAACCAUUUGUGUUUUAAGAAAUCCAGUCUUCUAACAAAGGAUAGUGCCCUCUGGUGUUCAGAGGAGGAACUGCAGCCUGCAGAGAAGUUUCUAGUUUAUCAGUGAAGCAGGAAGAGAAGCAGAGUUAGAAACCAUCAGCAGCUCAGGAUGAAGGUCUGUCUCUCUCUGAUCUGCCUCUUCUUCCUCACAGCUCUGCAGGAUGGAGAYGCUGCAGAAACUCAUACAAGAAUGGAAGGAGAAAACAUCACAGUUGAAUGUAGAUUUAAGGAACCUGGAUACAUGAUAAUCUUCUGUAGGGAAAACUGUGAAGGAGAAAAUAUUCUGAUUAACACAACAGAAGAAAGAGCUCAUAAAGGCAGAUACAAGACUUUCUAUGACUCAGAUGGUGCUUCAUAUGCUGCUCUGCAUGUGAGCAUCUCAGACCUGAAUCGAUCUGAUUCAGGACGGUACCGAUGUGGUUUGGGUAAAAACCAAUCUAAAUAUCAUGAAUUUCAUCUGGAAGUGACUGGAGUUACAACUUCAUUUUCUUCUUACUCCUCAUCUUCAACCAUCCAACAACCCACAACAUCAUCUGAACCCAAAGGUCAAACUGAUCUGCUUUAUGUGGGUCUGAGUCUACCCAUCCUGAUCAUCUUGUUAGCGACGGCUCUGCUGAUUUACUGCUGGAGGAAACGCUUCCAUCAACAGAAGGGUCAUCCAGUAGAAACAAAUCCUCCUGACUUAACGAUCAACACCGUUUAUGAGGAGAUCAGAGACGAGGACAGAGAGRACAAACCUCCUGCUGGGGAAAUAUCUUCAGUUUACGUUUCUGUCCAACCCAACAAACCAAACGCAGCUSARARCAACGRAAUAUACAGCCUGGCCAGCGAACCACAUGGGCAAGCUAAAGAAGAAGAAGCAGAGUACUCUGAAGUGCAGCUGUUGAACRAUGACACCGGAUCCAACGGCGGCCAUCUUGGUGUUUCAGUUAACGUCACCUACUCAGAACCUCAGUUAGAUAUGAGCUCUGGUAGCCAUGGCAACGGUACAUCUGCUCUUUAUUCUACCAUUACUUUAGAACCAGAGCUUUGCUGAUAUGGACUCAACAACAGAGACGUAACCAAAAUCAGUCCAUUAUGAGGGUUAUUGGAACAUUYGCUACUCAUUUAUUACAGCGGGAAACGAGAGAUCAGGCCUGAAAUCUGGAUGUAGAGAUGGACCGAACCUUCAGAGUCACAUAAAGACAGUUACAAAGUCUGUCUUCUAUAACCUGAAGAACAUUCCCAGGAUUAAAGAACUAAAAUCUCA